CUUCCAUGUCCAGUAAUAAUCACAGUCCAGAUCAACUCCCAUUCGUGGUAGCAUCCAAUUCCAAGUCCCAAGAUUACUUGUACAUCCGCGGCAUUUACGAAUCCAGCAAUUGUAUAAGCUCAGUUGCCCGCUUUUUCGCAGUCUCAGAGCUUGAUCUGUAUUGUGUCCGCGGAGAAACCCUUCUGCUUUUACCUUGUUGACUCACAUCACGACCUUCGACGGCCUGUCGAUCAAAGUCCCGUUGUUGUAUAUAACCCCCUUUCUGGGGGCUGUUUUUUCACGGGCCUGAUGGUAAGUUCAGUCAAAAGACAUCAACUACCAAUCAUGGCAGCAAAUCCACUUCAUCAUGACUAUCCGUGGACAACUGAAGAUGCCCCUCUGGUUGUCUCUGCGCCGAUGAUGAAGAUCACCUUAGCAGAAGCCGCAAUUGCAACAUCAGCAGCAGGCGGCAUUGGCUUCCUCGCCGGUGGAUUCGACCUCAGUCCCUUGAGCAAAGACCUUGCCAAAGCGGCCGAAGUUGCGCAGGAACGAGGACUGACCCUGCAUCAAGGGGUCCUACCCAUUGGGGUUGGAUUUCAAAACUGGGGAAGUGACCUCAAACUCGCAUUGGAUGCGUUGCUAGCGCAUCCUGUUGCUGCCGUAUGGUUCUUUGCUCCUCAUCAAUUGGCCGACUUGCUCGAUUGGUCAGAGCAGAUUCGCACUGCAACCGGCGGCAAAACCAAGAUCUGGAUCCAGGUCGGUACGGUGGCAGAAGCUAUCGAAGUUGCGAGAACAUCCAAACCAGAUGUUAUCGUAGUCCAGGGCUCCGAUGCCGGUGGUCACGGACUGGCUCAGAGAGCAAGUCUCAUGACCUUGCUACCAGAGGUCGCCGAUGCUUUGGCCAAAGAUGAUCUUCAUACUCCCUUGAUUGCCGCAGGUGGGAUAAUUGAUGGAAGAGGUGCAGCUGCUGCCCUGUCCUUGGGCGCAAGUGGCGUCGCGCUCGGAACUCGGAUCCUCGCCAGUCGAGAGGCGGUGAUUGCCAAAGGCUACCAAGACGAAGUCCUGAGAGUAACGGACGGCGGCACAAGUACAGUCACCACCACGGUCUAUGAUGUCGUGAGAAACAUAAAAGGUUGGCCAAAGUGCUACAAUGGGCGAGGGGUGGCCAAUCGAAGUUAUAUGGACGCCGUCCACGGCAUGAGCGAUGAAGAAAACCAGGAACUAUACAAAAAAGCCAUGGAGCAAGGUGACGCUGGAUGGGGCCCUGACGGGAGAAUGACGACUUAUGCGGGCACAGGCAUCGGCUUGGUGAAUCAGGUCGAUUCCAUUGCGGAUAUAAUUCAAAGUGUGCAGCAGCAAGCUGUGGACACCUUGCAAAGGUCUGCAGCGAGGUUUGCAAAGCCAUAAACUAUUUAUUGUCCCUGCCAUCCAAUGGAG